UAUGUGUGUGUGUAAAAAAAUGUUUGUGUAGUAAAAUGUGUUGUCCAAUCGAAAUCUUGGAUCUUUAAAAAGACUUUAAAACCCUCCUCUCCUCCUCAUAAAGACUCCAUUAGUUAACGCAAAACCGCAAACUUGCAUUAGUUCGCAAACAGUUCACAAAACAUCGUUAUUAUAUAUUCUAACAACAACGUGCUCUUAAAAAAUUCUCAUAAUCAAUGUAUUCAACGUGGACAAUUACAACAGAAAAAAUUAAAAAACUCAACAUGCUUUGUCAAGUGUUGAUGUAGUAAAUAAUAAAAUACUAUUGAACAUCAUUAAAAACAAUAUUAUAUUGUUCACAACAAGCUGCUAUUGCCAAUUUUAUUAAUUAGCAACAUUCAACAGAGAAUACACUUGCUUGUAGAGAACACAAGCACCGCGUGGAAGCUAGAAAAGAAGAAAUUAAAAAAAAUCAAUUUCCCAAGACGUGACCAAAAAACAGGAAACUAAAAAUAUAAUGGAGCAAAAACGUGUCUACAAGGUCGUUUUGACUGGAGGACCAUGUGGAGGCAAGACAACUGGUCAAACACGUCUAUGUACGUUUUUUGAAAACAUGGGCUGGAAGGUGUUCCGUGUUCCCGAAACAGCGACCGUGCUGCUCAGUGGUGGCAUAAAGUUCAGUGACCUUACAGAAGCCGAGGCUUAUAAAUUUCAAGAAAAUUUAUUAAGAACAAUGAUACAAAUUGAAAAUACAUUUUUUCAAUUGGGUGAAACUUGCAGUAGAAAUUGUCUUAUUAUUUGUGAUCGUGGUGCAAUGGAUGCAUCAGCAUUUAUUUCAAAGGAUAAAUGGGAUCAAAUGAUGUCAACAAAUGGUUGGAAUAAUGUUGAUUUACGUGAUACUCGUUACAAUCAAAUAAUACAUAUGGUAUCAGCAGUAAAUGGUGCUGAAGAAUUUUAUUCAACUGAAGAUCAUGCAUGUCGUUCUGAGGGUAUUGAACUUGCUCGUGAACUCGACUAUAAAGCAGCAGCAGCAUGGGUUGGUCAUCCUUAUUUUGAUGUUAUUGAUAAUUCACAAGAUUUUGAAUCAAAAAUAUGUCGUAUGAUUGAAUGUAUAUGUCAAAAACUUGGCAUUGAUACUGGUGAUCGUUUACGUGCCAGUAGUCGCAAGGUUAAAUUUCUUGUUAAAGGACCAUUACCACCAGACAGUGAAUUUCCUCCAUUUCAAGAUUUUGAUGUUGUACAUCAUUAUUUAGAAAGUAAAUCAUCAAGUCAACAAGCAAGAUUACGUAAACGUGGACAAAAAGGUCAUUGGUCUUAUAUUCAUACAAUAAGACGUCCAAAAAUGUGUGGACAAGUUGUUGAAGUUAAAACACAAAUUAAUCAUAGAGAUUAUUUAAAUAUUGUAUCAUCACGUGAUGAUUCACAUUUUACAAUAUUUAAAAAACGUAGAUGUUUUUUAAUUAAUAAUCAAUAUUUUCAACUUGAUAUUUACAGAGAACCAGCACAUCCAAGAUGUCGUGGACUUAUGCUAUUGGAAACUUAUACAGCUUUGUAUAAUGAUGAUUUAAAAAAUAUACUUCCAAGUUUUUUGUCAAUUGAAAAAGAUGUUACUGGUAAUCCAGAUUACAGUAUGUUUAAUUUAAGUCUUCGAGAAGAAUGGCACACCAGAGACAGUAAAUAUUGUCAUAAUUUUAAUCGUAUAAAUGGUACACCAAUUGAUUUAAAUGAAAAAAUUAAUGGAACAACUGAUGAUACAAUUAAUAAUAAAAAAUCCAUGACAAAUGGUAUUAAUGGUAAUGCAAAAAAUGAUUGUGUUAAUGAUAAAAUACACAAUGGUAUCAAUGGUAUAAAUGGUUAUAAAAAAUCACAUGAUACAAAUGGUAAUGAUAUUAAUGGUGAUGAUUCUCAAUGUAAAAAUGGAAUAUGCGAUAAUAAUAUGAUAAAUAAGGCUGAUGAUAAUGGUAUUAUCAAUGGCAAAAAAUUCAACAAUAAUAUUCUUAAAAUUUAAUUGACAAAAAAAAAUAUUUAAAUUUAUUAUUGUCAUUAAUUAAUAACAGUUAAAAUUAUUAUUAGACGAGUAGAUGAAUAUUAUUCAUGUAAUUACAAAAUUUUAUUCUUUAACAAUCAUCAUUAAAUUUAUUAAAAAUCAUGUGUACUUAAAGGAUUGAUUAAUACUCAAUGCCUAUUACAAUUUUAAAUUUGUUUUUGUCGAAAUUUUAUGUAAAAAUCUUACGAAUUAAUCUGACCGAAUUAAUAUGAAUAAUUUUUUUGAUUAUUUUACCGAAAGUAUCAAUGGCAUUGUACAGUUCUUUUUGAAUUUUUUUUUUUGAAUUUUUUUUGAAUGCAUUUUUUGAAAAGAAAAUAUAAUAUACUUGAUCAUAAUGAUAAUAUCUAUUAGAAUUUUAAUAAGCAGGGUCUUUCAUGAUGAUGCUAUUAAUUAUAAUUCUAAAAAAUUCUAUAUAACAGUGUAAAUGAAUGAAUGACAUAAAACGAAAUAUCGUCAAGCCUAGUUUGUAAAUAAAACGAAAAUAUAAAUCAACUUGCUCUAAUCAAAUUGUAAAAAAAAAAAAAACAAAUCGUGUAUUCGUGAAACGAAAAAUAGUUGUGUUUAAUGACAUGACAAAUGACAUAAAAAAAAAGAAACAAAACAAUUAAUUUAACAGUAAUUUUAUCCUCAAAAAAUCAGCUAUUUCAUCAACACAAUAAAAAAAAAAAAACAACAACAAUUGUAUUUUGAAAACUUAUAUGUUUGUAUAAAUUAUUUUUAAAAAUUUUGAGGGUAAAUAUUUAUUUCUACAAUUGAUAAAACAAUAUAAUUUGUAUAAAAUAAAAAUUAAUUAACUCAUUUUAUUCAAAUAAACAAAACAAAUAAUUCUAAAAUAUUAUUAUACUGUAUAAAAAAUAUUUUCAAUUUAAUUAUAUAUUAACAUUCGAGACUCUUCUGUAAAAAAAAAAAUGUCAAAUUAUUUUUGCUACUAAAAACAAAACUGAAUAUAAUAAUAAUAAUAAUUAAAACAAUUACGAUAAAUGUAAUAUUUCAAAGAAAAAAAAAAAUCAUAAAUAUGGGCACAAAAAAAAAAACAAACAUUGACUGACAUUUUCUUUCAAAUUUAAAUAAUAAUUUAUAACAAUUAAAAAGGAAAAUAUAUAAAUUCAUUUUCACGGAUGCACGAUCGAACGUUCUUUCUUUUGAAAAAAAAAAAAAAAAAAACAAUUAAACAAUUAUUUGUGAAUAACAAUAUUAAAUAUUAAAAAAAAAAAAUUAUAAGAGCAAAAAAAAAAGAAAAGAAUAAAAUAGUAAUUUGCACAUUUCAGAGUGAACAGUUGUUUUUUUUUUUUUUUAAAGAACGUAAAUUCUGCAGGCUCAGAAAAAAAAAAAACAAAUAUUAUCUCCAAAUAAUUUUUAAUAAUAUUACUAGUACUUAAAAGUGGUAUUUUUUGAAAAAAAGAAUUAGUAAUCAUGUAAAUAAUUUUUAAUACCAUUAAUUUUAUAUUAUUUUUUUAAAAACUUGAUUAUUUUCUUGUUUUAGUUUUUUCUUUAUACAACAUUUGCUUGAUUUUUUUUUUAAAUUCUUUUUUUUUUUUCAUUUAAAAUUUAUAAUUGCGUCGUUUUUCCGACUACAAAUGACUGUGAUUGCUUUUCAUUGUGUUUACCUCAUUACCGGAAUAAAAAACUAAAUUAUUUUCUAAAAGAAAAAAAAUGGAUUUUGCCUUUGAACCGAGACAAAGUGCUUGUUAUAAAAAUAAUACAAAUGCAAAAAAAUAAAUAAAAUCACAAGAUAGUAUUGAAAUUAUGUAUGCAAUAAUAAUUAAUUUAUAUUGCACUGAAUUUCAUUUCACACGUA